AUGGCCGUCCUGCUGCGUCUUUCUCAGGAUGACCGGACGGGCUUCGGUCACGAUGGGGACCAAGCGGCUGGGGCUGGCCAGCGGUGCCUUUACCCGUCGGGGUUACCCCCGCACCUUUCUCUGCAUCUGGAUGAUGGAUUGAGCCGUCGCCUGCCUCUAUUACUCACCCCGCCCCACACCGCCCCACACCAGGCCCACCCCGCCCCACACCACACCGGCCCACACCGCCCCACACCGGCCCACACCGGCCCACACCGGCCCACACCACACCGCCCCACACCGCCCCACACCAGGCCCACCCCGCCCCACACCACACCGCCCCACACCGCCCCACACCAGGCCCACCCCGCCCCACACCACACCGCCCCACACCGCCCCACACCAGGCCCACCCCGCCCCACACCACACCGCCCCACACCGCCCCACACCGCCCCACACCAGGCCUACACCGGCCCACACCGGCCCACACCGCCCCACACCACACCGCCCAACACCGCCCCCAACACCGGCCCACACAGCCCCCCACACCAGGCCUACACCGGCCCACACCGCCCACACCGGCCCACACCGGCCCACACCGCCCCACACCAGGCCACACCACACCGCCCCCCCACACCGCCCCACACCGCCCCACACCACACCGCCCCCCAACACCGCCCCACACCGCCCCACACCAGGCCUACACCGGCCCACACCGCCCCACACCGCCCCACACCACCCCGCCCCACACCGCCCCACACCGGCCCACACCACACGGCCCCACACCGGCCCACACCAGGCCUGGAUCAGCAGCCUGACCAAACCCGGAGCCCCAGCCCCAGCCCUGAUUAUCCCUGA